UCAUCCUCCGCAUCGUCAAGACGUUCGUCGCUCGACUCUACACGCCACGGGCGUCGUAUCUUCUUUUCUUUUUCUCCAUCGAAUUGUUAAACGAGCACCGCGGGAGUCCUUCCGCGCAAUUCUCGAUCGUUCCGUAAUUUUAUCAUCGGGACGUUCACACGUUUCAUAUUUCCGAUCGUAAAACACGGUAGAUCUCUCCAAGAGCCAUCGAUUACUUUCGGCGACGCAGCGGACAUCAAUGCUAUCGAUCAACAUGAGAAUAUUCAAAACAGUGCUGCUACUUGCCGUGGUCUAUUUAUUCAGAGCCGUCCAGUGUCUGCCGAUUGCUGACGAGACGUCGAUCACGGAUCCAUCGAGUUCGACGUUGACACCGCCGCCGACGCCGCCUCUGUACAGCUCUGCUUCCGACGAUCUUUACGAUCAGCGGCAAAACGGUACCGAGAAUUAUCGUAUCCACGUGGACGGUUUGGUGUUCGUCGUUGCACCCGCCGAAGCUCUUCUCGCCGCUGCCGCCGAGAAUAAACCUAAUUUACCGGUAACUAGUCCGCCGAAACCACCUUCGACUACACCGGAGAACGAUCCUAAACCGUCGCCAGCACCCAAGUCGGUACAAAGGGCUGGCUUGCGCCUAGCGAACUUCCUCAUUCCACUGCUACGUCGCAUUCACCAAGCAUAAAGGAUUUCUACCGCUGCAAGACAUUGUACAACGCCUUCUCGUCUCAUCCUCCCCGCCUCGUCAUCGUCGUUGUCAUCAUCGAUGCUCAACGCGUUUACCUUGCACAACUUUUCCAAGAAUCGAGUUCCUCUAAGAAAUGAACUGCAAGCGGAGCUGAGAAUACUCGGAAAGCUAGCAAACUGUGUCAGGUCCUUUUCUUAUUCUGGAGCUUGGUACACAGAC